AGCCAGCCUCUCUUCCCCAGUCCAGUCCGCUCCACCUCGGCCUCUCUUGGUCCCCUCCUUGAGUCCCCAUCCCCAGGCUGAGCCUCUGGCCUCCUCCACUGGCCUCUGAUGCCUUCAGACACCUGGGCCUCUCCUGCCUCAUUCCUAAACUUCAGCUUCUCAGUAAAUAGGCCUCCCAAGCUCUUGCCCCUCCCUCUUAUGCCUUUCUAGCUCCUCACCAGCUCCUUCCACCUACCGCCUCCCACAGACCAACAGACAGCAGGCCUCCUAGGCUGUUCCUCCUGCUUCCUCCCCUGCCCCACCUCUCUCAUGGAGACCCCAGGACUGGUUGUGCACGGGCAGUCUGCGCCCUUUUCCUCAGCACUCCGAAGCCUCGUCAACAACCCUCUCUACAGUGAUGUUCGCUUUGUGGUCGGUCAAGAACGGAAGGAGGUGUUUGCCCACCGGUGCUUGCUGGCAUGUAGAUGCAACUUCUUCCAGCGACUUCUGGGCGCAGAGUCGGGCCCCGGGGUGCCUAGCCCCGUGGUGCUGAGCACCGUGCCAGCUGAGGCCUUCCUGGCAGUGCUGGAGUUUCUGUACACCAACAGUGCCAAGCUGCACCGCCACUCUGUGCUGGAGGUGCUGACGGCGGCCGUGGAGUAUGGGCUGGAGGAGCUGCGAGAGCUGUGCCUGGAGUUUGUGAUGAAGAUGCUGGAUGUGGAGCUGGUUUGCGAGGCCCUGCAGGUUGCCGUAACCUUUGGCCUGGGACCGCUGCAGGAGCGUUGUGUAGCUUUCAUAGAGGUCCACAGCCAGGAGACCCUCCGGACCCGUGGUUUCCUGGAGCUGUCGGCGCCGGCGUUGCUGCUCCUGCUGCGCAGUGACAAGCUCUGCGUGGACGAGGCCGAGCUGGUCCUGGCGACCCGGAGCUGGGCACGCGUGGGCGCGGCGGUGCUGGAGCGGCCUGUGGCCGAGGUGGCGGCUCCGGUGGUGCGGGAGCUGAGACUGGCCUUGCUGGCUCCGGCAGAGCUGAGCGCCCUGGAAGAGCAGAACCGGCGGGAGCCGCUCAUCCCGGUGGAACAGAUCGUGGAGGCAUGGAAGUGCCACGCUCUGCGGAGAGGGGAUGCGGCCCGGGGCGCCCCGUGCCGCCGCCGGAGAGGCACCGUAGUCCGGGAGCAUCAUCGCUUUCUGGACCUGCCCUUUAAGUGACCAAAUGCCGCGACUUGCGAGGAAUUCUGGGUCUCCUCCAAACUACAGCUCCCGACAUGCCCUACGCCCGAAGGGGGCUUCCGCUCCCAGAAUGCCCGGCGAGCGGGUCGCAGGAGGGACCCGCUGUCUGACCCGCGCGGGAGCCGUGGGUGAGGUUCCGGGGGAGGGCCGGCCUGAACGGCGCGGCGGUGGGCUGAGCCUUGGCCUCGAGGCCCGCGCAAAGCCUGAAAGCGGGUUCCUCGCGCUGUGUUCUGGCUCUGUAGCCGGCCCCGUUUAGUCUUGGAAUUCCCACAUAUCUUUUCAGCGCAGCCCACUCUAACUCCAGACCUGCCUCCUGACGAUUUCUAAAUGUCCCACAGACUCAAUCCAAAAUUGAGCUCGCCCCUCAUCUUUCCCCAGUUUUGCCCGCAUCGUGUUUCUCAUCCCCGUGGGUGCCCGAGCCAGAAGUCUGGACCUCAUCCUUGCUUUACUCCUCUUCCUCACAUCUGCCUCCUGUGGGCUUUAGCUUUUAAGAGGCUGAAAGCAGAAUAUGCCACCCCAAAAUAUGCCUUUUUGGCAUAGGGUUAUUUUAAGCAGAUUAUUUUAAGAAAAGGGAGAAGUUUUGAAAACAGAGAAGUUACCCCUCUGUAAGGGAAAUUUUUAGAAAGGAAAUCUCCAUUUGUAAGGGCGUCUCCCUCUCUGUACCAGAAGGAUGAGUCACAGGAGAAUCUUCCAGUGAAGUCAGUGAAAUCUGCUCAAUAAACCUUAUCCUUGCUUUUGGUGCUUUUUCCUGAUGGCUUUCCCGUAACUGGCCUCUCCACACUUUUCUUUCUUUUGUUGUUAGCUGAUAGGAGGUAUUUAAGCAGGUAUUUUAGGCCACCUCAGGGAGUUACUCGUUUUCCUCUGAGUGUCUCCCAUGUAUACAUGAGAUAUACUUGUUAAUAAACC